CGUGUGGAAAUGUCUAGAUUUGAAGCUUUCGUGACUGCAAGGAUCCAUACUGACCGUAGUAUUAGUAUCUGUUGUUUUAUUUUUUACCUACGUGACUUUACCGAAUAGAACCAAACAGUAUGUGGAAAUGUCUGUCGGUUAAAUACUCUGUUGACUCUAAAUGUGCAGGGAAAAACUCCUGAGGAUCCUGAGGAAAAUCCACGCGACCACGGGGAGAGAGACACGCAAACUCCAAAUAUACAUCCUUAAUACAGCUGACACUUCUUCUGACGCUUCAGCAGCAGAAUUGGUCUGAUGGAGCAAAGGCACUCAGCGCAGCCCGGUACAAAAAGACAAUGGGACCAGGAUGCAAACAGCAUGGAUUGUACUGGAAGUGUGACACGGCACCAUAAAACUCAAACAGGAGAGAAACCCUUCAAGUGCACUGUGUGUGAGAAGGCAUUUACAUGGUCAUCACUUCUUAAAAAACACCAGAAAACGCACACAGGAGAGAAACCCUUCAAGUGCACUGUGUGUGAGAAGGAAUUUACAGAGUCAUCAUAUCUUAAAAAACACCAGAAAAUGCACACAGGAGAGAAACCCUUCAAGUGCACUGUGUGUGAGAAGGCAUUUACAGAGUCAUCAUAUCUUAAAAUACACCAGAGAACACACACAGGAGAGAAACCCUUCAAGUGCACUGUGUGCGGGAAGGCGUUUUCACGGUCAUCAAUUCUGCACAAGCACCAGAGAAAACAUGCAGGAGUUGAACCCUUCAAGUGCACUGUGUGUGAGAAGGCAUUUGCAGAGUCAUCAGUUCUUAAGAUCCACCAGAGAACACACACAGGAGAGAAACCCUUCAGGUGUAGUGUAUGUGGGAAGGCAUUUUCAAAUUCAUCUGUUCUUAAAAAACACCAGAGAACACACACGGGAGAGAAACCCUUCAGGUGUAGUGUGUGUGGGAGUGCAUUUUCAGAUUCAUCUGUUCUUAAAAAACACCAGAGAACACACACGGGAGAAAAACCCUUCAGGUGUAGUGUGUGUGGGAAAGACUUUUCCGAUUCAUUCGCCCUUAAAACACACCAGAGAACACACACGGGAGAGAAACCGUUCAAGUGCACUGUCUGUGAGAAGGCAUUUGCAGAGUCAUCAGUUCUUAAGAUCCACCAGAGAACACACACAGGAGAGAAACCCUUCAAGUGCAGUGUGUGUGAGAAGGCAUUUGCACAGUCAUCAAAUCUUAAAAAACACCAGAGAACACACACAGGAGAGAAACAUUUCAAGUGCACUGUGUGUGAGAAGGGAUUUUCAGAUUCGUCUGCCCUUAAAAGACACCAGAGAAUACACACAGGAGAGAAACCCUUCAAGUGCAGUGUGUGUGGGAAGGCAUUUUCAAGUUCAUCUGAUCUUAAGAUCCACCAGAGAACACACACGGGAGAGAAACAUUUCAAGUGCAGUUUGUGUGAGAAGACAUUUUCAAGUUCAUUUUGUUUUAAAAUGCACCAGAGAAGACACACAGGAGAGAAACCCUUCAGGUGUACUCUGUGCGGGAAGCCUUUUGCAGAUUCAUCACAUCUUAAAAAACACCAGAGAACACACACAGGAGAGAAACCCUUCAGGUGCACUGUGUGCAGGAAGCCCUUUGCAGAUUCAUCACAUCUUAAAAAACACCAGAGAACGCACACAGGAGAGAAACCCUUCAAGUGCACUGUGUGUGAGAAGGCAUUUGCAUGGUCGUCUGAUCUUCAGAUCCACCAGAGAACACACACAGGAGAGAAACCUUUCAAGUGCACUGUGUGUGAGAAGGCAUUUGCAUGGUCAUCAUGUCUUCAGAUCCACCAGAGAACACACACAGGAGAGAAACCCUUCAAGUGCACUGUCUGUGAGAAGGCAUUUGCAUGGUUAACAGGUUUUCUGAUCCACCAGAGAACACACACGGGAGAGAAACGUUUCAAGUGCAGUUUGUGUGGGAAGGUAUUUUCAGGUUCAUCUCCUCUUAAACGGCACCAGAAAACACACAUGGGAGAGAAACCCUUCAAGUGCACUGUGUGCGGAAAGGGGUUCACACGGUCAUCAUAUCUUCAAAGGCACCAGAGAACACACACAGGAGAGAAACCUUGCAAGUGCAGUGUGUGUGGGAAGGCAUUUUCAGAUUCAUCAAAUCUUAAAAUACACCAGGGAACACACACAGGAGAGAAACCCUUCAAGUGCAGUGUCUGUGAGAAGGCAUUUGCACAGUCAUCAGUUCUGCAUCGACACAAGAGAACACACAGGCAUCAGAAGAUCCUCAAGGAGUGUAGUCUGAAAUCGACUUGUGAAAGUCAAAGUGCUGCAAUGAGCCCAUCCCUUCUGAAAAAAGAACCAGAAGUGAAUUCCAGCUUGGACACUAUGAAAUGUUUCAAGGUGAAAUUUGAAGAGGUGACAGUGAAGAGCGAAGAUUUGAAGGUGAAAUGUGAAGAUGAAGAUUCAACUCCAAAAUUGGACCUUCACAUCGAUGGAGGCAACGUGAAGCAGGAGGAGAAUUCUGACUAUGAGGCAGAGCGAGGCAACUCCCAGCAGUUUGUGGAAGUGGAGGUGUGGGUGGACUUCUUAGACAAUACAAAGUCAAAUGGAGACCCUGUAAAUGUGUAAUCUUGAGACAAUGAACCUCCAAUAUAGUCACCUUUGUCACAGGCCUUUAAUGAAAAGAACGUGAAGUUGAACACUCCAUUCCUAGUUUCAACCUGCACAGUAAGAGCGGUCAGUAUUUGCGGACCUGUGGGUUGGGUAGAUCUCUAACUAGGAGAUCUGAAUUCUGAGACCUGAUAGAAUUACUCUAAAACAUAAUAAGUGUAUUUUCACAAUUGGUAAUACACCUGAGACAAUGAAGCUGAGCCUAAUUUGCAUAAUUGCAUACAUUUACAGAAUUUCAUAUAAUUACACAUUUUCUAAUGUAUUAUCGCGAUUGGUAAUAUACCCCUAGAUAACGAAGCUGAACCUAAUAUAAAUUAGCAUAAUUUUAAAAAAUGUCUUUUUUUCAGCUGCACCUGUGUGGCAUAAGGUGGUCCUGCACCAGCCUGCAUGUGGGCAUGAGUCUGUUAGUAGGGCGCAAUGAUUGAUGUGUAAUCUCAGUUGUGUCAUUUGUGGGUAAUGUUUCGAAUUUGCCAAAUUUUAACCACAAUGCCAGCAUGCAAUCGCAUGCAAUCGCAUACUGGUGUUUUGAAUGACAAUAGUAUGUUUUAGAAUCAGAUGUUAAGAAGUACGGUGCAUAUUUGUAAUUAAUGUUGCUGGACUAAUCAGGGAUGCCUGUCUGAUUUGAACAUUGAACCUCUGCAACAAAAAGAGAAUGCACUACCACUUGGCUUCCCUCAAUCUGAGUACUGUAGGUGUAGGCCUCAUCCGACAGAGAUCAACUUGUAAAUACGAUAUAACACGAAAUACAUUUCAGUGCAGUAAUUACAUUUUGUCAAUAUGCCUAUCGAUAAUUUAGAAUUAUAAUUUGAUGAAUGUUUAUUCUAGGUUCUUUCGGUAAAGUCAUGUAGAAGGGAAACAAAAUAAUAAAAAUAUAAAACAAUAAAAUUAUCACGACGUU